UUCGAACAAGGGGCAUGGAGGCGAAACUUCGUCGCGUAUGCGUAACCAAAACCAAACAGAAGCAGUUUCUAUAUUACAGUAUCAGAGGCCAGUACAUUUCGCACAUCGAACUUGACUCUGGAGAAAAUAAAAAGGACAAAAUGCGUGCUGUUAAUAACUGAAGGCAGUCAGAGUGGAAAGUGGUAUUACGACAGGGAGCAGGAAAAACCGAGGAACACGCCGUCAUUCCUACUGCAAGGAACAUGUGAGCGAGUGCGCCGAGCAAGGAGAGUGAAAUUACUUUAUACCUAACACCGCCGUGUUAUUGGAGUUAUCAAGAAUAGAACGUGACAUCUGCGUGAAAUGCAUCUGACCAAGAACAUCACGUUACGGAAGAAAACACGAGAGUGUCUCCAAUGAACUUUCGUCGAUGACCGCUUCUAUAAUCUUGGACAGACGACUGACUGGCUGACAACCUGCUCCAUUUCACGUUCGAACUGAAGCACAAUCAGCAACCGGAUGGCCUGUCUAUAAGAUAACAACAGGGUCCGUCAGCAUAGCGCACGAUUUCUCCCAGACACGCCCGAACGAUCGUGAAAGUAUUCGCUACUCGUAAUUUAGAUUGUGCGUGGCGAACAUAACGCAGAUUACACAACGAACGAAUCAGGCCUCUUCAUGGUCCCCCUGAACAACACAGUUACACAACGUCCUUCGUUUAACGGUGCUGCUAGCAGGAAGCUGAACUGCGAUUAGCAGUGAAGUCAAAAAUCUGCUGGUUCAACAUCACUCACAAACAACUUAAGUGGCUGUAUACACAAAGCGUAACAAGCCCGUGUGACAUUUUUAAAAUUGUGUUUGUCACUGAAGUUAUUCAAGAGUUGACGGCGACACAAUUCAACGGUUACUUCCGUGUUCUCAACGACUGUGCGUUCCUGAUAAGUGCCAGAUAGUAAUAUACAUGCUGCAGACUUCUCUUUCUCCACAAUCUUACAUCAAAGUCACAACAAACUUUCUUCAGAGUUACCCCCACCUUUUCCUAACCACAAAGUUCACACACGCUAUUUUCGUAACGAUUUAUUCUUCGCGGACAUCACAUGGAACGGCGUUGUGCAAUAAUCACUGAUUCCAUUCACGGUUAGGGUGGGCUUCGACUAUCCAGCAUUGACAGGGGAAGAAAAUGUUUAAUGUGGUGUAAUUUUACAAUGGCAGCACGAUGAAAGGCAAUGAUGCUCAUCUGUUCUCUAGACUUAACAACGUCUAUGUCUUGUCGCCGAGGAUGGAAUGUUGCGUAAUGUAAUGGAUACAGUUACAAUUUGUAAUGUCUUGUGCAUGUGAAGUUUGUGAGAAUCUUCCUAAAUUUCGUUUACAUCUCAAAUGAAUAAUAAUACCCUUUCAUCGGACUGAAUAGUAUUUAUAUAAUUGACCUAGGUUAAGUUAACGAACAUAAAUAAUUUAAUACAUUACAUCAGUACACUAUUCGAGAAACGAUAACAAUGAUACACACUGUUCAGUGACCGGGUGUUGGUGAGCGCGUAAACACAACAAAUGCCAGGAUGAGUUUGGUCACCAUAGUAACUGGGGCCAUCAAGGCGGCGACCAAUAUCAUAGGCGUCGGAACUAAACUCUGGUUUUUACCCACAUUCCUGGCAGCCUUCGCGUACUUUCAUUAUGAUCUCUUUGAUCCAGAGAAUAGGCCAAUAAAUAUCAAGGACGUCCGUCCGAACUACGACUUCAUAGUGAUCGGUGGUGGCACUGCAGGCGCCGUCAUGGCUAACCGCCUCACAGAGGUGAAAGACUGGAACGUGCUCCUCCUAGAAGCUGGAGGUGACGAGCCCGAAAUAGCCGAUGUUCCUAUCCUCUCUAUAUAUCUACACAAAAGUAAACUAGACUGGAAAUACAGAACCCAGCCUCAAGACUCGGCGUGUCAAGCUAUGGAGGACAAGCGAUGUUGCUGGACGAGAGGUAAGGUCCUCGGAGGCUCCAGCGUGCUCAACACCAUGCUCUAUAUCCGCGGUAAUAGGCGAGACUUCGACCUGUGGGAGAGUUUAGGGAACCCUGGCUGGGGGUAUGAAGACAUACUGCCAUAUUUCAAGAAGUCUGAAGACCAAAGGAACCCAUACCUAGCCAACAACACGAAGUAUCAUGGAAUUGGGGGGUAUCUGACAGUUCAAGACGCGCCCUGGAACACACCUCUUGGCAUUGCGCUCGUGCAAGCUGGGGUAGAGAUGGGGUAUGAACACAGGGACAUCAACGGUGAGAAACAAACAGGAUUCUCUUUAUUUCAGUAUAAUAUGAGGCGUGGAUAUCGCUGCAGCAGUGCCAAAGCAUUUCUACGCCCCGUACGUCUAAGGGAAAAUCUCCAUAUUGCUAUGUGGAGCCAUGUAACAAAAGUGCUCAUAGACCCCGAUACAAAACGUGCUUUCGCAGUAGAAUUCAUCCGCGGAGGAAAGAAGCAAAUAGUACAUGCUAGCAGAGAAGUAAUUCUAUCAGCGGGGGCCAUUGGCACACCGCACCUACUCAUGCUGUCGGGGAUAGGACCCGCAGAACACCUUCAGGAAAAGAAAAUACCGGUAAUUCAUAACGCGCCGGGUGUUGGACAAAAUCUACAGGACCACAUUGCCAUAGGAGGAAUCGCGUUCGAGAUUGACUAUCCGGUCAGUGUUAUCAUAGACCGCCUUGUCAACGUAAACGCUGCUAUGCGUUAUGCAGUGAGAGGAGAUGGCCCGCUAACUACCAACAUCGGCAUUGAAACUGUCGGCUUCAUCUCAACCAAAUACGCCAACCAGUCAGACGACUGGCCUGACAUAGAGUUCAUGAUGACCGCAAGCACAACGUCUUCAGAUGGAGGCACACAAACACGAAAGGCUCACUGCAUAACCCAAGAGUUCUAUGACGAAUACUUCGGACCAAUCAACAAGAAAGAUACCUUUGGUAUAUUCCCCAUGAUACUAAGGCCGAAGAGUAUUGGAUAUAUGAAACUACGAACCAACGAUCCAAUGGAUUAUCCUCUACUCUACCAUAAUUAUUUGACACAUCCCGAUGACGUAAGGGUAAUGAGAGAAGGAGUUAAAGCGGCAGUUGCAGUGGGAGAAACUGCUUCAAUGAAGAGAUUCGGCGCAAGGUUUUAUCGAAAAGCAGUUCCUGGUUGUACAAGCCAUGAUCUGUUCACGGACGAAUAUUGGGAGUGUGUAAUACGGUACUAUACGAUGACCAUUUAUCACAUGUCCGGAACGGCCAAAAUGGGACCAGCAGAAGACCCGUCUGCAGUUGUUGAUCAUGAACUAAAAGUCCACGGCAUUCAAGGUUUGAGAAUAAUAGACGCAUCCAUUAUGCCCACUAUUACCAGCGGAAACAUAAACGCCCCCGUGUACAUGAUUGCCGAAAAGGGCGCAGAUAUGGUAAAGAAAUUGUGGCAACCGAAAAAAGAGAAACGGAAGAGAAGAUAUGUUACUGCAAACAAAAGAAGUCACAGUUCGAAGACACAAAAUAAAUAGUGAGAAUUACAGCAGAAGUUACUGCACUCCAUUGCUCAUUAGAUAGCUGUUAACACGUAAUAUACAGAAAUUAUCAUAUUAUUAAGCAUAAAACUAUGGGAAUGUCACUCGCCUGCCCAAUGUGUGUCAUGUUUCCGCCGAAAUUCAAUAGUGUGGACCAAGCUGUGUUGGCAUCAUGUUGCCUCCGUUUAUGUAACCUAUACUAAGAGCAGUCUACAGUAAUUUCACUUUUAAACUGUGCUAUAUACGACAGCGAAAAAUGUGAUAUCAAUAUUUGUAACAGUAAAUUGUCUUCAGGAGUUUCACCAAAUGUCCAAGAUUUAAAAACAAUGUUAUUAUUUUUAAAACAGAAACGUUCAACAAAAUACAUUACGUUAUGUUUGUGAUAUUGGCCGCUGACUGAAAAACAUAUAAGUCAACAAAAUCUAUGCCAAAAAUUACGUAGCAGUAUCGAAUAGCGUGUGCCCAUAACUUAAAAUUAAAUGCAGGCCAAUGCAGUCAGACGUUAUUUAAAGUAAGUUGGUUACAUGCUGUAAAAAAUUAAAAGAUGCUAUUAUUUACAAUAAACUACGAUUCUUAAGUUCUGUUCUGUUCUAUUCUCGAACAAGAAAGAGUGACGACAAAAGAGAAACUUGUGCGAUACGCCCGUUUUGUGUAACCUGAUCAACUUCGAGUAUGUUUUGAUGUAAAGCAGGUUUUAUGUCUGAUCUACACAGACCAAAAUUACUCAGCCGAACAACAUUCAGAUCGAAGUGCAGAUCUUUUAAAACCUGCCUCUCAACGAUCGUAAAUAGUUAACAGCUAUGAAAACAACUGCCACUCACUUGCCGCUAAGGACGAAUAAACCUGCCAUUCGGUGUUUCGCAUGUGGAAAAGAUGCGAUACUUCACCGCAGGAAAAAGACUGUAAAGGGAAACCUGACGAAUAUAAGCUGUUUCAAUGCAAUAAAAAACUGUUAAACAACUCUCAA